GCUAUUGCGGUUGCACAAUUUCUCAUACUAUCAAAACAGACGUCUGCUGCCAGUGUAUUUGCAUAUUGAUCGCAAACCCAUCCCCUAAGUGCUGAUGUUUGUCCCAGCCCGUUCCUUGCCUGCAACGCUUGUAACCCCCAUUUGCGUCCGUGGAGGUUCUAGAUCUAGAUGUUGUUUCUUUCCAGUCAACCCCUGUCGGGUCGCUUCAGGGUGCGGUUAUCGUUUGAGGGAUGUGCUGUGAAUGAUUUUAUGUCCCCUCCCUAGCUGUAACGUAGAAUUCAAUCAUGAAUCACAGCCAGGAAGAGUUAGAUGUGGAGGAGCAUUGCCGAAGCAUGAAGAGCAGAUUUGGACAAUGGGAUCAGACUGGUAAACAAGAGGCAAAAUUAAUGCUGUUGGAUUCGGAGCGCCUUCACAGCGUACGCAAACUGCUCAGCCUUGAUUGCAAUGAUGACCCUCUUUGGGCCCAACAACUCCUCGAGCAGUUAGCUCCGCAGCUUGAGGAAGUACAGUUGUGGAAUGUCGAGAAGUGCCAUUUAGUUUGUUUGCAAAAUAUGCCGCAACUUAGACGCCUGGAAGUUGAAGGGUGGAGUGAGGCUCUUGAAGCAGAUCCCUACAAAUUUCCUCCACUGGAUCCAGGCAUUGCUGGCCUCCAGUUUUUGCAUGUUUUUCUUCCCAAGGAAACUUCUCUAUCCCUCAUAGCAGCCCAUGGUCAUAGUCUCAAGGAACUGGAAGUUUAUGUUGGUUUAAAAUUAAGGAUGAAUGGGCGGCAGUGGAUCUGCAAAGAUCUGACCAAGCGGUUGAGUGCAUGUGGCCUUGAAAACCUGCAAGGAAUGGUGUUGCGCCGGGGAGACGAAAGAGAAGGGUUCCAUCCCACUGAAAGAUGUGACGCGCAGAUCAAAAGCUUGAGCCAUAAGUUGCCCUGGGUCAGAAUAUUUUGUGACAAAUGCGAGAACAUUCCAUGGUAGAAGGAAGACGAAAGAGUACCUGAUCUUACAAAUUUGUCAUAAGUUUUGGUUUAAUGUCACUUGUGUAAGGAAUGAGAGUUAAGCUAGUCUUUGUAAUGUAGUACUCUCCAGUCUACCCAGUCUGAGGGGUACCUUAGAACUUUCUAGUCAGUCUGCUUCUGUGGAAAUUCUUCUGAUAUUUUCAUAGUUGUUUUUAAUUGGAAAUCAAGUCUAACUAUUUGUUAAAAUGGCCAGUAUGUAGUUAAAUUUCAAGUCUACCUCUAUGUCUAGGUUCAAGUUGUAUGUGCCUCUAUUAGAAGUAAGCUUUUGUAACUAUUGUAACUCUAAUUUAAUUCAUUUCUCAAGGCCAAGGUCCUAAUUUUUAGACAUUUUUCCUUUUUUAUGGAGUAGCUGAACUUCUAACUUUGUCAUAGAACUCUGUAUUGUGUAGUGGUACAGAAAUUACUUAAAAUUAUUUCCCUUUCUGUGAUCUCAAGGAAACAUUGUAAUUUUGUGUCUGAUUUCAUUUUGAACUGUGAUGCAAGAUUGAUUACUGUUAUUCAUUUGUUAUUUACUAAAUAAGAAAAAAGUGAUUUUUUAAAAAUGAGGAACAUUUUUAUUUUGUGCAAGGUUUUUAUUUUCUCUAACACUCACUCACUUAAGCUAGUAUCUGGUGGAGACAGUUUUGAUGCAAUCCAAUCU